GACAGGGAGAGACAGACGGGGGGAAGGGGUAACACCAGGGAUACAGCCAAGGCCGUAACAAAAUGUAGAUGCUCCUCCCGUGUAGGCAACCGGCGUGUGGGGAGGCAGCAGCUGUCCAUUGGUGAACACUGUGACUCUCUAGGAACCGUUGAGCAUGAGUUCCUGCACGCUCUGGGCUUCUGGCACGAGCAGUCCAGAGCCGACCGUGAUGAUUACGUCAACAUCAUAUGGGAUCACAUUAAACCUGGUAAAGACAACAACUUCGAAAGCCACGAUGACACGGUGUCCAGUGCUCUAGGCGUUCCCUAUGACUACAGCUCUGUAAUGCACUACGGAAAGACGUACUUCAGCAUUGAUUCUGAGCCCACCAUCGUCACCAAGAUCCCCCACUUCAGGGAUGUGAUUGGUCAGAGCAUGGGGUUCAGUGCUAGUGACCUAACCAAGCUCAACCGUCUCUACAACUGCA